GAAUGAUAUAGCUCUUUCCUUUUGGCUCGCCUUUUGUCGUGCAUCGACAGAGAGGGGCAAAAGGACUCACGACUUCGGACGAUCCGCAGAAGCGAAAGGAUAUCCAAGAACCUUCUGGGUACUACGCCCCUCGGAUAAGGUUGUUCGAUUGAAUCAAAUAUGAUUUACCUUUCUCCUCGGCUUAACCAUGACGUUUUCUCGAUGGUUCUGCUGCGGCCGGCCGAGUAAACUUGGUGAUUUGCUCUCUAUAACGAUGAACUAGAACGCAAUGAAAAGUAACAACGACCUUUUCACGCAAUACCGAGGAGAGGAAGUUUUCGUGGCAAACUGAUCUCUCCAUAGAUUGGUGGAAAGCCCCUACGCUAGCGACUACCAUGGCUUUCCAACCUCCUAACCUCUCCUUGCAACCGCCGGCUGUCCACCCAGACCUAGACACUUGGUGCCACUUCCCGGACCUGGUCCACUUCCACUGGUCUCACAACCCGACGAGGACCAUGUACGCCUAUCCUGAUGACUCUGUCCCCGUCACUGGCUGCGCCGAAAUAUCUUACACCGAGUUCGGUCGUGCUGCUCACCGUGCUGCUUGGGCCAUCCGUCCCGAUCCCCACGAUUCCAGGGACGGCGAAGUAGUUGCCCUUCUUGCUCAAAGCGACACACUCGUCUAUCAGGCUGUCACGAUUGGUAUGAUGACGGCCAACCUCGUUCCUCUCGACAUAUCUCCUAGAAACUCCCCAGCGGCAAUCCUUAACCUUCUUCAAAAAACUGGUUGCCAUCGUCUCCUUGUUACGCAGCACACGCUCAAGGACCUCAUAGACUCUUUACGCUCUUUUAUCGCGUCCCAGGAAGGAGAACCAUACCAAGUCGCCUUUGAAGAAAUCCCCUCCCUUUCACAGACUUUCCCCCAUCUUGCAAAGGAGACCCCCAGCACCCCCGGUUUUACACCCUACCCAACCCUCGAGAAGCCAGACUUCCAUUCAACCGCCAUCUAUAUUCACUCCUCCGGCUCAACAGGCUUCCCUAAGCCUAUCCCCCUCACCCACCGCGGGGUUUGGUCAUACGCGAAUCUUCCCCCUCUCCGCGAACACAGGGACCACGUCUCGCUAUCUACAGGCAAGAAGACCGAAAUUCGCUUGGGAGGUCUCGCCAUCCCCGCCUUCCAUGCUCUCGCACUUAUCCUUCAACUCAUUCAUCCCAUGUUCGGUGGCUUCAGUGGUAGCUUGCUCAAGCCUACUGUCGUUGACCCCACCAGGGACCUCCCCUCUAUGCCUACCCCCGAAAACACCUUAGACGCCUUCGAACGCACUUCUACGAACGCUACGAUGAUUUUCCCCACCUUCCUUCAGAUUUGGUCCAAAGAACCUCAAUCCGUGAAACGUCUAGCCAAGCUCGAAUACGUCGUUCUCACUGGCGGUCCUCUCGAUGUCGAAUCCGGAGAUGCCUUAGUACGUGAGGGCGUCAAGCUUCGCACCAUUUACGGUGGUACCGAAUUUGGUCAGGUAAACCACUUACGUGCCCGACCGGGCGACGAGGAAGAGUGGCAAUGGAUGGAGUUCAACGAAUCCCGCGUUGGAGUGCGGUGGCUAGACGCAGGAGCCAAUCGAGGUGAAAUUGUGUUGUUACAUACCGAAACGCACAUGCCUGCCAUCUCCAACCUGCCGGAGGACGUGGCCAAGAAAUUCACGGACGAGAUGAAUGGGGUACUGGAGGCAAAGAAGCAGGAAGUCGAUUUCUGGGUUAAAGGUAUCAAACCUAUCCCUAUGGUGGACACGAAGACAGGCUUGAUUAAAGGGUACUCGACUAGCGAUGUUUGGGAGAGACAUCCUACUAAACCAUGGCUCUUCAAACUCGUCGGGCGAGUCGACGACGUUCUGAUCCACUCGUCUGGUGAAAAAACCGUCCCCGGACCUAUGGAGAAGAUCGUCAUGGAGUCUCCUCUUAUCAAAGGAGCCGUCAUUUUCGGACAUGGAAGAGCUCAGCCCGGUAUCCUUGUUGAGCCUUCCGCCUCCGCUCUUUCCCAAGAAAUGAGUCUCGGAGAAUUCCGAAACGCAAUUUGGCCCCACAUCGACGCAGCGAACGCGAUUGCCCCUGCCUUCAGCCGGAUCUACAAAGAAAUGAUCAUCGUGACUGAAGAAAGACUACCACUCGCGCGUACACCAAAAGACACCGUUAUUCGUAAGAUGAGCAUCAAGCAAUACGAGGGAGAAAUCGACACUCUGUAUGAAACCAUCGAAACUAACUCUGGAGGAAGCGGUUCAAUCGAGCCCCCGUCUUCCUGGGACAUCCCCACCGUCGAAGCGUGGAUUGUCGAUCAAGCCCACGACAUCACUUCUUCCUCAAAUCCCCUCUCACCAACCGAAGACCUCUUCGAUUGGGGCUUUGACUCCCUCAGUGCCACUAUUCUCCGUUUGAGGAUCGCAGGUGCGUUGAAAGCAACCAAAGGCAAGGAAGCCGUUGUGGCCAAGGUCAACCAGAACACCAUCUACGUCCAUCAUACCGUCAACAUGUUGGCGCAGUUCGUUUGUGGUACGCAAGACGGGCCGAUCGAGACAGAGGAAGAAGAACACAUACGAAAGAUGGAAGAGAUGAUUGAAAAGUACUCCGCCGGACUUGAAGACGGAGACAUCCCGAUGAAGUCACAGAAAGGAGAGGGCCAACACACUGUACUCCUCACAGGAUCCACCGGUUCUCUUGGCUCUCACAUCCUCUUCGACCUGAUCCGCGACACCACUCGCGUGAAUAAAAUAUAUGCUCUCAACCGCUCUCCAUCUGCGCCCGAGAAGCAAAAGGAGAAAUUUGCCGACAAGGGACUCGAUGCCGGUGUUCUCAAAACCAACCGAGUCGUCUACCUCACGCAGAACCAAGACCCACUACCGAGUGAUAUCGACGUUGUCAUCCACAACGCUUGGAAGUUGGACUUUAAUUUUGGUUUGGAAGGGUUCGAAGGGUCUGUGAAGGACCUUAGGGGUCUCAUUGACCACGUCAAGAGUCUAAACCACAAUGCGCGGUUUUUGUUUACCGGCUCGAUAAGUGCUGCUCAUGCAUGGAAGGGCAGGAAAGGUUGCGGAGAAGGGUUCCCGGAGAAAACGAUGGAGGCGAAGUAUGCCGUUGGUGGAGGAUACGGAGAAGCCAAGUACGUUUGCGAGAGGAUUCUCGACAACAGCGGUAUCGAAGCGACGUCUUUCCGUAUCGGUCAAAUUACAGGAUCAAAAGAGUCUCCUGCAUGGUCAGAGACUGAUUGGGUACCUAUCAUCGUCAAGUCCAGCUUGGAAAUGGGUGUCAUUCCUGAUGCCGCUGGUGUCGUAUCAUGGAUACCCUCACAUAUAGUCUCAUCAACCAUCCUCGACAUUGCGUUCGCUGAUCGACACGAACCCGCUGUCAAUAUCGUCCAUCCCCGUCCCGUCAAAUGGACUGAGGUCAUGAAGGAAAUUAAGGAAGCCCUAGAGGACUUCGGCGUCGCCAAAUCCGAAUUGAAAGUCGUUCCUUACAAAGAGUGGUUCUCCAUCCUGGAAAAGAAGGCAGAAGCAGGUGCUUCCUCCGGUGCGAAGGCAUUUGAGAAGAUUCCUGCAAUCAAACUUCUGCACUUCUACCGCGGUCAAGCGGUGGCUGACGAAGCUAACCGCCUCAACAAUGGCGAUUCUGUCGAGGCUGUUGAUUUACAAGAACUGACGAUAGAGAAUGCAAGGAAGUUGAGCAAGGCAUUCCGAGAUGCACCUCCGGUGGGAAGGGAAGAUGUUAGAGCAUGGGUGAAGUAUUGGGUCUCCAAAGGGUUCUAGAUUGAACACGGUCAACUACUGCAUCGACACCUGUACAUUAGUCAAUCAACUAUCUAC